AUCCUAGUAGGCGCCUCGUUGACAGCUGCUGGCACUGGGUCAAACACAGUUCGACUCCCCUUUUCACUCUUCUCAAUGGCUGCGGAAAUACAUGUGAACGGUGCAGCGACUUCAAGCGACUGGCAAGACCGAUAUUACCAUGUUGACCAGAUCCUUGACAGACCUGGCCCUCGGACUGAUCCAUCAUUCCUGGCUGGGGAUGAGGUGAAGGACUUUUUGCGGAACAAGUGCAAGAUUCUCGUCAUCGGCGCAGGUGGUUUAGGAUGCGAGAUACUCGCCGAUCUUGCUCUGACUGGGUUCAAGGACAUCCAUCUUAUCGACAUGGACACCAUCGACAUUAGCAAUCUCAAUCGUCAAUUUCUCUUCAGACCCGCGGACGUUGGAAGACCGAAGGCUAUCGUUGCUGCAGAGUAUGUGAUGAAACGGGUGCCAGGAGUCAAGGUCACUCCGUACUACGGCAAGAUACAAGACAAGGACGACGAUUAUUAUUUGCAGUUUAACCUCGUCAUCUGUGGUCUAGAUUCUGUGGAAGCGCGUCGGUGGAUAAAUGCUACUCUCGUUAACCUAGUGGAUCCUGAGAAUCCUGAGAGUUUGAAGCCCCUGAUAGACGGUGGUACCGAAGGUUUUAAGGGGCAAGCUCGAGUCAUUCUUCCGACUGUAUCCUCAUGCUACGAGUGUUCCCUUGAUAUGCUCAACAAACCAACUACAUUCCCUAUCUGCACCAUCGCGAACACACCUCGUCUUCCUGAGCACUGUAUAGAAUGGGCCUCUGUGCUCGAAUGGCCUCGUGUGCGCGGAGAUGAGAAACUCGACACUGAUGACCCUGAGCACAUCGGAUGGUUGUAUUCAAUUGCUAUUGCUCGUGCAAAGGAAUUCAAGAUUGAAGGCGUGACUUGGUCACUUACGCAGGGUGUUGUCAAGAAUGUCAUCCCUGCAAUCGCAUCCACCAAUGCCAUCAUUGCUGCUUCAUGUUGCAAUGAGGCUUUCAAGAUUGCAACAAGUUCAGCGGCUUAUCUGAACAACUACUUCAUGCUCAUUGGGACCGAAGGAGUAUAUUCGUACACCUUUGAGCAUGAAAAGCGCGAUCAUUGCCCUGUUUGCGGAGGUGAAGCCCUGGAGAUGUCCAUAAGUCGAGAUUGGACUGUUGAGCAGCUCAUUGAACUGUUGACUGAGAAGCAGAACAUUCAGAUUAAGAAACCUUCUCUCGCAACACCGGAAAAGCCGAUUUAUUUCCAACAGCCACCCCAGCUGGAAGAAGCUAUGCGCCCGAACCUAGAGAAGAAAGUCUCGGAACUUGUCCCUGAUGGUGGAGAAGUUGUGGUCACUGCUUCGACUCUGCCUUUCAGCUUGUCACUCAUCGUCACUUACACGUGAAGGCACAGUAUCUUAUAUUUCUGCAUGGUUAUCCACAUUGUAGCAGUAGACAUUCAAAUGCAAGCAUCAUCACAGUUU